GCCGGAGGGAGCUGCGCGGAGCGGGCGCGCCUGGCUCCUCCGCUCGUCAUGCAUGCUGCCCGGGCUCUGCUCUCCGCCGUGUCCCUCGCCUCCUGCCUCCUCUGGGGCCACUUGCCCUGCGGCCGCCCGGCCACCAUCCCCUCUUCCUUGCCCUCCUCUUCCUCCUCCUCCUCGCCUCCUUUCCGGGAGACCCCCGAAGCCGGCAUGCGAGAGGCUGCCUCGCCGCGCGUGGAGCCCCCCGAGUACAUGCUGUCCCUCUACCGGACCUCCUCCUCCGCGGGCAAAAACGCCAGCUUCUCCCGGGCGCCCAAAGCCGCCAAUACCGUCACAAGCUUCGUGGACCGAGGGAGAGACGAUCUUCCGCCGGGCGCUUUGAGGCGACAGAAGUAUUUGUUUGAUGUCUCGACCCUCUCGGAGAAGGAGGAGCUGCUGGGAGCCGAGCUGCGGCUCUUCCGACAGGCGCCGGGCCCUCUUUCCUCGGGGUCUGAGGCGGGCCUGGCCCGGCUGCACGUCUCGCCUUGCCUCCCGGGCCGCCCCCAGGCCGGGCGGACUUUGGCCCUGAGAAAACGCGAGGAGGAGGAGGAGGCGGCCGGCUUGGCGGGGCAGUGGCUCGUCUUCGACGUGUGGCCUGCUUUGCAGCAACAGAGGCAUCACCACCGCCUUUGGAGGAAGCAGCAGCAGCAGCAGGAACAGCAGCAGCAGCAGCAGCAGCAGCGCCUCCUUUGCUUGGAGGUGCGCGCCGUCGAGGCGAGGCGCCUUCCUCCCCGCUCGCCUCUUUUGGACCUCAGCGGACUGGGUUUGGGCCGAAGCGGGCGCGGGCAGGAGCAGAAGGCCCUUCUGGUGGUCUUCUCCAAGUCGAGGCGGAAGAACCUCUUCUCGGAGCUGCGGCCGGAGAAGGAGAAGGAGGAGGCGGAGGCGCGGAAGAAGGGCGGUCGGAGGAGGCGGCGCACGGCCUACAGCAGCCGUCACGGGAAGCGGCACGGGAAGAAGGCCCGCCUGCGGUGCAGCAAGAAGGCCCUGCACGUCAACUUCAAGGAGCUGGGCUGGGACGACUGGAUCAUCGCGCCCUUGGAGUACGAGGCCCACCACUGCGAGGGCGCCUGCGACUUCCCGCUCCGCUCCCACCUGGAGCCCACCAACCACGCCAUCAUCCAGACCCUCAUGAACUCCAUGGACCCCGGCGCCACCCCGCCCAGCUGCUGCGUGCCCACCAAGCUCAGCCCCAUCAGCAUCCUCUACACCGACGCCGGAAACAACGUGGUCUACAAGCAGUACGAGGACAUGGUGGUCGAGUCCUGCGGGUGCAGGUAGCGCCCCGGCCUCGCCCUCGCCCUCCUGGGAAAGGGGGAGAAGGAAAGAAAGGAAGAAAGAAAGAAAGAAAGAAAGCGCCCAGAGGAGAGAGAGAAAGAGAGGAGGAGGAGGAGGAGGAAGGGAAGGAUGCCAGCAGGGAGGAACUAACUGCCAGGGCUGGCCCUGCAGGAGGAGGAGAUUAGAGCAAGAGGAAGGAGCGCUCCAAGGGGCGCACACACACACAGAGAGUGAGAGGACUUCUCAAGGAAGCCAAGCCCUCUCCACAGAGAUCUCUGCUUGGGGAGCUGGAAGGCCAAGGCUUGGGCCUCAUCUACACCAUGCCAAGCUGUUGGACCACAACUCCCAGCUCCCCCCAGUCUAAAGAGUUGACAUCAGAGAACACCUUGGUAUGGCCUUUUCACUGGCCAAGGUCUGCCAUUUUCCCUCUUUAGGGAUCUUCUAGCUGUCAUUUUAAUGAGUCAGGCAACCAAAACAAGCAUGGGCAAACUUCAGCCCUCCGGGUGUUUUGGACUUCAACUCCCUGUGAUAGAAGUGGCUUCUGUUGUUCAGAACACCAAUGUGUGCUUACAAAAAGGGCCGAGCUCUUUGAUCAUUUUGGAAAGGCAGUUGUUUUUUUUUGUUUUCCUUAAAUCCACACACAAUUCUGGCCAGUGAUAUGAGAUCCUGAAUGGAGGUGCUACUGCAUGCCCCACCACUGGGGUGCAUCUCCACUGUAAGAUUAGCACACCUGACAGCCCCCUGGAUGUUGUUGUUGUUCAUUCGUUCAGUCGUCUCCGACUCUUCAUGACCUCAUGGACCAGCCCACGCCAGAGCUCCCUGUCGGCCGUCACCACCCCCAGCUCCUUCAAGGUCAGUCCAGUCACUUCAAGGAUGCCAUCCAUCCAUCUUGCCCUUGGUUGGCCCCUCUCCUUUUGCCUUCCACUUUCCCCAGCAUAAUUGUCUUCUCUAAGCUUUGCUGUCUCCUCAUGAUGUGGCCAAAGUACUUCAACUUUGUCUCUAGUAUCCUUCCCUCCAGUGAGCAGUCGGAUGUACAGUGGGUUAAACAGCUGAGCUGCUGAACUUGCUUACUAAAAGGUUGGCAGUUUGAAUCCAGAGAGCAGGGUGAGCUCCCACUGUUAGGCCCAGUUUCUGCCAACCUAGUAGUUUGAAGACAUGCAAAUGUGAGUAGAUCAAUAGGUACCGCUUCAAUAGGUAUUUUUUUAAUCUCAAUAUUCACAAAUAUUCUUUUCUGUUAUGCUCCACUCUCUUGUUGAGCAAUUUUUAUUCUCAAUAAAAAUAAUAUUUUUUUAAAAGGUACUGCUUCUGUGGGAAGAUAAUGGCAUUCCAUGCCGUCAUGCUGGCCACAUGACCUUGGAGGUGUCUACAGACGAUGCCAGCUCUUCAGCUUAGAAAUGGAGAUGAGCACCACCCCCAAAGUUGGACAUGACUAGACUUAAUGUCAAGGGGAAACCUUUACCUUUACCUUUUGACACCACUUUAACUGUCAUGGCCCAGUUCUGUGGGAUUUUUGGGGUUGUCAUUUGUUGAAGCACCAGCUCUCUGGCAGAGAAGACUAAAGACAUUGUAAAACUACAACUCCCAUUAACCCAUAGUAUCAAGCCAGGGCAGUUCAAGUGGUGUCAAACUGCAUUAAUUCUGCAGUGGUGAUGCAUCCUAGGUUGGUAGGUAUAUGUAGCACGGCUUUCUUUGUAGUGACAUCCUAAUUAUGGAUUUUCUUCCCUGGAGACACCAUGAUGGGAACCAAGACAGUACUAUUUCAGCCUCAAUCCUUAAAACCAGUACAGUUUUUUUUCUGAUGGUUUAACUCAAUGUGUAUGUUUGCAUGUGUUCAAAA